AUGCUCGCGAAGCCGGGUUUCGAUCUGCUCGCGGAAUUGGUGCAACGCCUAGGACAUAAGAGAUUCCUUCGGAGUCUCGAUGAAUGCACAGAGCUCAACCAUCCCGGCCUGUUUGUUGGUCCGAAACCCCCGAAAGGUCCUCAGCAACGGAUGUCGCUCAUCGCUCUUCAGCGGAUCAUCAAGGUCGCAGACGAGUUCACUUUCCCGCAUGCGGGUGCACUUAAACCCUUGCCUGUGUGGAGUUACGUCGACUUCGACCAAAAGCGUCGAGAUGUCGAGCUCAAAAGCGCGGAGCACGCUCUUCUGAUCCAUUUCCUCGCAAUGUUCGGCAGGCCUUAUUGGUAUACCCUUGGCGACUCUCCAGACGUUGUGCCUGCUGCAAGGAAGAAGCUCAUCUACGACGACGAAUUCAAUCCUGAAAACCUCGAUCAUGUGUUCGCCGUCUUCGCAAACCGUUUCGUGCUACAAAUCAGUAAUACGAAGUAA